AUGGUGGGUGGAGAGUGCUCAUCACAAGCUAACAACACUGGUAAGCCGCGCUCGAGGCAGAGAACUCACAAGCCGGCUCCAGCCCUCGACGUGCCAGACAUUGAAGAAAACGCGCCCGAGAGGAAACGCAUUCUUAAUGUGCUAGCACAGCGCAGAUACAGAGAGAAGAAGCGCCUGCGACGACAAAACGAGAGGAACAAAGAAAAGGGCCAAGAAAUCAAAGAGACUAGCAAUAUCACAGGCGAAGCUCAGGACAAUAAUGACAGAGAAAUCGACGCUGAAUUCAUUUCAACUUCUGGCCAGUCUCAAGGUACUAGUGGCCUGAAUGAGAUUGACUUCAGCUUGGCGGGAUGGACUACGACCAUGUUCAACAACAACAUUAGCGGCAAUGCGUCGAUGCCAUUGUUACUUACAGAUACAUCAAUUUUUUCGGACUUUUCAUCUACAUCAAUAACAGAGGAAAGCUCUGGAGAGGAAGGUCUCGUUUUCAGCAACAGCGAAAGCCUAGAUGGGAAUUUGACCGACAUAUUACCACCAACUUGGGACAGCUCGUCUCCGUCGUCGUCGUCGGAUGGUAGCUUUGCCGACAGCUAUCUCUUACCUGUUCACGAACUUACACUUCUGCGGGCCGUCAUGAGAAUAGCAGAGCGCAUUGGCUGCCGCCAAUCAUUGUGGAAUCUGGAAGCCGUCUCUCCAUUCUCCCAAGGAACCGCCACGCCGAGUGAACAGCUCCCCUUUGCAUGGAAGCCCACGGCCUCUCAGCUUCUGGUGCCGCAUCAUCCGCUGUUGGAUUUUUUGCCGUGGCCAGGAGUUCGUGACAGGGUGAUUAACAUAUUCUCGAUGCCCGAUGAGAUGCGGCCCCCCAACGCGACUGGCCCGCUUGCCUUGGUCAAUUUUGCGUAUGACAUUGAGGAUAACUCAGAGGGUGUGCGCAUCUAUGGCGGCGAUCCGUAUGAUCCGAAUAGCUGGGAAGUGGGACAGGUGUUAUUUGAACGAUGGUGGUUUAUCUUUGACCGAGAUGUCAUUGAGAAUAGCAAUCGCUGGCGCCGACUGAGAGGAGCACCGCCGCUGGCAUUGAAAGGGAUGCCAUCUUGA